AUGUGUGAGACGUGUGGGAAAAGCUUUGCCUCAAAAGAAUAUUUAAAGCAUCAUAACCGCAUUCACACCGGAGCCAAACCCUUCAAAUGCGACAUCUGCUUCAGAACGUUCGCUCAGAGGAAUUCUCUCUAUCAGCACAUUAAAGUUCACACGGGUUGGCGGCCUCACCUGUCAAUCACUGGGUCCCGGGCGGUGAUUCUCCGCCGGCACCUGGUGAUCCCUGUGUGUCAGACUGGGGAGAGACCUUUUUUCUGCAAUCAAUGUGGAAAGCAGUUCACUCAGCUGAACGCACUACAGAGGCACAACCGCAUUCACACCGGAGAGAAGCCUUUUAUGUGUAUAGCGUGCCAGCGGACGUUCACCGAUAAAUCCACUCUGCGGAGACACACCUCGGUGAGACCAUGGGUUCAUGGGUCGCUUUUUCGGCAAAUCUAG